AUGGAUGAAACUUUAUGGAUUUUAUCACUGAAUAAAACCUUUUUCUUCCUUUUAUUUCACAAUAAUGCUCAAUUACCUUAUAACAGCAUACAUAAUUUUCAAGCAGUUUAUUAUGCCAAAAAGAAGCGACGUGCUCAACAAUCCCAAGGUGACGAUUCAUCACAUAAGAAAGAGCGUAAGCUUUACAACGAUGGAUAUGAUGACGAGAACCACGAUUAUAUUAUAAAGAAUGGAGAAAAGUUUCUUGAUCGUUAUGAAAUUGAUUCACUGAUAGGCAAAGGGAGUUUUGGUCAAGUUGUAAAAGCAUUUGAUCAUGAAGAGCAAUGUCACGUGGCGAUUAAAAUAAUCAAGAAUAAGAAACCAUUCUUAAAUCAAGCACAAAUCGAAGUCAAACUUCUCGAAAUGAUGAAUCGAGCGGAUGCUGAGAACAAAUAUUAUAUUGUCAAACUCAAACGUCAUUUCAUGUGGCGUAAUCAUUUAUGUUUAGUAUUUGAACUGCUAUCAUACAAUCUCUACGACCUGCUGCGCAACACAAACUUUCGAGGCGUGUCACUAAAUCUAACUAGAAAGUUCGCUCAGCAAUUGUGCACGGCACUGUUAUUUUUAAGUACACCCGAGCUAAGUAUCAUUCACUGUGAUUUAAAACCCGAAAAUAUUUUACUAUGCAAUCCGAAACGAUCGGCAAUAAAAAUCGUGGACUUUGGUAGUUCAUGUCAACUUGGCCAGAGGAUAUACCAAUACAUUCAAUCACGUUUCUACCGCUCACCAGAGGUGCUUCUUGGCAUCCCUUACGAUUUGGCGAUCGACAUGUGGUCUCUCGGUUGCAUUCUUGUUGAGAUGCAUACAGGCGAGCCACUGUUCUCUGGAUCCAAUGAGAUUGAUCAAAUGAAUAAGAUUGUAGAAGUGUUGGGUGUGCCACCAAAGCAUAUCCUUGAUCAAGCGCACAAGACGAGGAAAUUCUUCGAUAAACUUACCGAUGGAAGUUAUGUACUUAAGAAGCAGAAUAGUCAACGGAAAUAUAAGCAAGCGGGUUCGAGAAAGUUACAUGAUAUUCUUGGUGUUGAAACGGGUGGGCCUGGCGGGCGAAGACAUGGCGAGGGCGGGCAUAGUGGCGCCGGUUAUUUGAAAUUUAAAGACUUAAUCCUGCGAAUGUUGGACUUUGAUCCGAAGACACGCAUUACGCCGUAUUAUGCCUUGCAACAUAACUUCUUCAAACGAACAUCCGACGAGGGAACAAACACCGCUGUCGCCAUCAAUUCGGUCAGCACGAGUCCUUCCGUUAGCUCACAAGAUCAACAAAUUCACGGAGGCCUAUCUUUGAUUCCACCACGUUCUCAGGGAGGAGGAAAUAUCUUGAUCAAUAGCAGUAACAACAUUUAUCCAAUGGAUUGUGAUCCACCAUCAGUCAUCAGCAUUCAGCCAUCAAUUCAAAUGACUUUAACACCUUCAUCGGGAAUUCCAUCAUCGGGAGGCUCCACAUCAGUUUCAUUGAACGUCAUCAAUCAACGAUACUUGCAACAACACAUGCAUAGAAAUCGUUAUAAUGCUCCGCACAACGUACCGAAGUCAAAUUAUGCGCCUGCCUCGCUGCCGUUAGAUCUGAUAACGUCGAACAGUGGAAGCAGUAGCAGUGGAAACAACAGCAUCAUGGUACUCCCCGAUCACCAUUUAAACUCAUCUUCACUUAUCAUCAACAACAGUAGUAGUGGCGCGUCUUAUCAUCAUCCAAACUAUGCACCAUUCACCAUCAAUAAUAAUAACGAUAACAACUCCAUUCAAAUGCCUCAUCAAAACAAUAAAGCAGGUGGAAGUAGUGGGCGAAGUGGUAAUGCGAAUAGCAAUAAUAGUAACAAUAAUUCAGCGGGUGAUGAAUCUAUGGUUGGCGUUUGUGUUCAACAAAGUCCAGUAGUUAUUCAUUAAGAGACAGAAAACUCAACUUUUUUUUAACAAUUUCCUAACACAAAUGUCAAAAAGUAAGAAAGAAAGAAAACGAAACUUCUUGUUCUUUUUUUACAAUAUUAUCACAUGAAAUGAAAUUCCUUCUUCCUUGUGUGCGCCAUUGUGCAUCAAUUUAAGAAUAAUAAAAAAUAUGAUGAUGAUGAAUGAUGAAACUUUAACAUCAAACGACGUUAACACUUUGACUAUCUUGACAUUAUAAAUAAAUCAGUAAUUUUAGUUUAAUAUUUUAUGAUUUGUUUUAAAGAAUGAGAUUGCAUUCAGAAAAGAAAAUUGUUAGACACAAUAACGCAUUUCACUCUAUAAAGACUUGUCUAUGGUACAUGUUUUAACCAAUAACAUGACAAUAUCUCAGUUAUAACGUGUGUAAUAUUGGUAACACAUGCACCGUAAACACGCCGUUAUAGCGUUAAUUAAUUAUUGUGGCUAACUUAUUUUCUGAGUGCAAUCAUGUAAUGAAAUAGAAGUGAAUGAAAGAAAUAAUCCUAAUUAUAAUUAAUUGAACAUAACAGAGAUGAAGAGAGAGAGACAUAGAGAGAGAAGGUCCUUGUAAGUAAAGAACAAAAUUAUAGAAAAUAUUCUUUCCCCCUCCCUUCCUCCAUUAAUUGAUGAAGUUAUAGUAUAAUUAAUUGCAGCAUAAAUAAAAUGACAUUCAUGUUGCACAACUUGGAUGAAAUGAAAAUAAUUUAGUUGAUAUUUUGUAAAACGAAGAGACAGAUCUAAGAGACCGAGAUAAAGAGUGUUUAGUGAGCCGAAGUUAGCAUAAUUAACAUUUUUGACCUUCUUAAUAUUUCAUUUUUCGUUUUGUUUGUUACUAGCAGGUUGAAAUGAAAAUGAGAAAAAGUUUGCUGUAAUUUAUCGAAACUUUUGUAGAUAAAUUAAUUUGACUUAUUGAAAUUUAAAGAAAGAUUUGUGAUCAAUCUUCUUUAAUGGUUUUAGUUCUAUUUCUUAAUUUUAUUUCGUUCGUGUAAAAAUAUUUUUUAAGUUUAAAAAGAACAAGGAAUGCACAAACCUCUCUGGUUGUUAACUUCUUACUUAGCUAAUUAACUUGAGAGCGAUCAAAUGAAAAUGUUUUCGACUUUCUCGUUCCCAUAGAUCUGCUUUCUUUUACUUGUUUUUUAAGUAUAAAUAUUAAUUGAACGAGAUAACAAAGACUUUUUUAGCUGAAUUUUCUUUGCAUAAUCAAUUCAAAUAUCUUUAAGGUAUUAGCGGGCUGCUACGGAAUUUAUUUAUUGAAAACAUUAACUCACUUAAUGAUUAGAUGUAUUUAAUUAAAUCAUACAUAUAUUUUGAACCACAAGCAAUCAUUUCAAAGCAUUUCAAAUUCAUCAAUUCAAAUCUUUUUUUGUUUUUGCAAUCAGAUCGCAAUUUUUCUUGAGCUCAUUUACAGAAGAAUUGAAGAAUAUUCUUUGCUCAAGCUUUAUCAAACGUCAUCUGAUGAAACUGAAAAAAACAACCAGACUGAUUUUUAAUCUUCAAUCCUCAAUUAAAAUUCAUUGCAAUGUAAUUGUAAGAAUUCAUGAAAUUUUUUAACUCUGCAGAACAAUUUGGUCUUCUUUUUUAAACAGAAAAAAAAAGUUUAAUACAAUUUUACGAUACUGAUAGUUUUAACUAAACUGAAACUGAUAAGACCUCUAAUAAGAAUGCAACCUUAAAAAUAUUCAAGGAUGCUUUCAUUUUCCUCCAUUUUCUAAAUUAAUUAAAGAAAGCAUAAAUAGGUAAAAGUUGAGUACUAGAUAAAAGAUUGGAACACGAGAACUGCCACAAAUGAAUUGGAUGAUUAAAUGAAGUAUAAGGAAUAUUUGUAAGAAUCCUUUUCGUUUAUACUUUAACGAAUUAAAUGCUAUGCGCAAAUCCAAGCGCUCUAAUAAUAUUCUUCAAAGAAACAUGAAAGAAAACCUCUCGAGAAAAUUGAAAUAAUAAACGCGAGGUUGAAGUCGAGUAAAUAAAUCUAAAUCUGAUGUGAUGAAAGUUUUCAUUAAAGACGAUCAUUUCGUGAUGAUUUCAAGAAAUAAAAAAAAACGACUUGGUGUAGGAGAGAAAAUACAAAUGUGUUCAUUUUUAAUCUUUUUUUUUGUCUAAAAAUGCUAAAUCAAUUUUGAUGAACUUGUGGAAAUGAUGUUAAGUAGUAAAUAAAAGAGUGACGAGUUCGAUUUCUUCUUUUUUUUCUAUUUAAAUAUCAACAAAAUUUCCAAUGAAAUUUAAAUGACAGAAUCGAUGGUAACAAGAAUGUCAUGAAAUUUCACACUAAAAACUACUUUUUGUACGAAGAACUAAAUAUAGCUUAACUUUUGUCAUGUGAAGAUCUACAUAAUUAGAUUAUAUUAUAUUUUAAUUUCUCAAAAAAUGUUUUUGGAAGCUUUCAAGAACGAGUUUAUUUAAAAACUAACACAUUUGGUGAAUUAUUAUCCUCAAUAUCUGAACAGAAAUACUUCGGCGAUAAACAAUUAAACGCAUGAGUUAAACUCAUAACAAACUUAUGGAAGAAAAAAAUUGUUUUCAUUUGAUCAAAGAUCGAUGAUUUCAAAAGCAAACCUUUACCUGACCUGAGUAGAAGAAAAAAAAGAAUUACAUUUUUUGAAAAUUUCCAUGGCAAAAUUGAAAAUCUACGCAAAAUAAAACAUUCAAAUAGAAAUUUGAUUAAAAUGCAAAAAAAAUUAGCUGAUAAAUUAUUUAAUUAAGCACUUAAAUUAGGAUUUUUUUCGUUUUGUAAAAAUGGAACAUCAAGAAAAAAAAUAUUUUUUUCCAAAAUCUAAUCAAUAUACUGGCUAAUAAAUAUAACGAAUUGGAAAAGCAAGAAAAAAAGUAACGAAAUAAAUGAAAAUGAUGAACAGUAACUAAUUAAUAAAAUAGUGAAAAUUGAAUAAAAAGAAAAUAAUUCUUAAGUUUAAUUUAUAAAUUAUUAAAUAAUAACGAUUAAUUUAAAUUAAUUACAUUCUAGACGAUAAGUGAA